GCGGAGGUCGUGCGCAGGCGCCGAGUGGGGGGGCAGCGGCGGUUGGGGCGACGGGGACCGGCGGCGAACAUGACCCAGCAGGGCGCGGCGCUGCAGAAUUACAACAACGAGCUGGUCAAGUGCAUCGAGGAGCUGUGCCAGAAGCGGGAGGAGCUGUGCCGGCAGAUCCAGCAGGAGGAGGACGAGAAGCAGAGGCUGCAGAACGAGGUGAGGCAGCUGACGGAGAAGCUGGCCCGAGUCAACGAGAACCUGGCGCGCAAGAUCGCCUCUCGGAACGAAUUCGAUCGGACCAUCGCGGAGACAGAAGCCGCCUACCUCAAGAUCCUGGAGAGCUCGCAGACUCUGCUUAGUGUCUUGAAGCGAGAAGCGGGGAACCUGACAAAGGCCACAGCCUCAGAGCAGAAGAGCAGCGGAGGCAAAGAGAGCUGAUGAGGCCCCAGGUGGGCGUCCUGCCUGUGGCUCAGCACCCCCAGCAAGCCUGUCUUCAAAGCAUCUUUGUUCUUCAGGGAAGCAGGUUUCUCCGUUUGUUGUCUUUGGUGCCAAGAGAGGCAACUGCCAAGCUCCAGUGGCCCUGGGUGUGGCCCACCAGGUGGGGGUCCUAGUCGUGCACUCACGCAGGCUCUGGGGAGGGUAGCUCUGUGCAGGGCCCCUGCAGCUCCAGGGGCUGCAGGGAAGGCCCCAAGUCUAAACUCAGCACUGCGGGAAUCCCCAGACUUCCUUCCUCAACUGGUAGGUGCCCAGGCAGGUGGGGGAGGGGCUGGGGCCCUUCUUUGCCUCAGAGCUUGCCCUGGAGGCCUGUGACUGUCAAUAAAGUUUGUUUUUGUAAAGA